AUGACGGUCAUAGGCAUGUCGCAGCCGACUGAGAAAGAGAAGAUGCUUCGCGGGGAGCUCUACCGAGCGUUCACGCCGGACUUGAUCGCUGCUCGUAUGCGCUGCAAGCGGGCUUGUAAUCGGUUCAAUAAGUCAGAGGAGAUGUCUCGUCGAGGUCUUGUUCAAAUGUGGAGAGAUAUCACUGAAGAUAAGACCCCGCUACCACCAAAAUUGGAUGACCCCGCAGCCGACGAUGCGCUCUUCGAGCAGGAACCCUGGGUCGAAGCCCCUGUCAAGAUAGACUACGGGUUCAAUGUCAAGCUUGGAGCGGGAGUCUUCGUCAACUUUAACUGUGUCUUCAUCGAUACCUGCCCUAUUACGGUUGGGGCUCGUACUUUGUUCGGUCCUAAUGUUUGCUUGUUCUCUGGGACUCAUCCGCUUGAUCCUGCUCUGCGCAAUGGUACUGAAGGCCCCGAGACUGGUAAGCCGAUUGUUAUCGGGGAGGACUGCUGGCUCGGUGGGAAUGUGAUUGUCCUUCCUGGUGUUACUAUUGGUAGAGGGGUGACAAUUGGAGCUGGGAGUGUGGUUACAAAGGAUGUGCCCGCUUUUCAUGUAGCUGCGGGGAACCCAGCUAGGAUCAUUCGUCGCAUUGAAACGACAAUGAAAGAGUGA